AUUCUUUCCGCUUCCGGCUGUGAGAACGCAAGACGUAGUGUUAUUGUGCUCCGACUUUUAAACCUAUAAACUGUAUACAUACCGUGAUAACCUGUGUAAAAACAUUUGAAGAUCAUGCAUGUCGUGUUGGACUACAUUGUGAAAUAAAGAUUCAAGUGUAAACAGUGCUAAUAAAAUAAUUAUCCAAUUGCAAAACCAAAGAAACUUUAGAGGUUAUCUGUCAAGUGAGCAUAGACUAUAGACACAGACUUUGACCACGAACAAUAACAACAAUGGAGAAUCUUCAAUCCUUUUUCGACCAAAUGAAAAUAGAAAUGUCAAAACAAACCGAUGACAUUAUGACGCGAAUUGAUGAAAAAUUAAUUCCUUUUAGACUAGAAAUGCAGGAGUUAAGGUCAGAAAAUGAGAAAUUAAAGGAAAAGCUAUACAAUCUUGAAAGACAUAAAAGAAUAAACAACCUCAUCGUAUAUGGAAUGAAAGAAACCGAAAAAUCGACGGUAAAUCUCAUUGAAAUAAUUAAAAGGAAAUUUAAGGAAGAUUUAAACAUUACCUUUGAAGAUAGGGACGUAAACACCAUCUACAGAAUUGGCAAAAAUAACCAAGAAAAUGGAAAAGAAAGGCCAAUCCUCUUGUCAUUCGUUAACUUAUGGAAGAAAAACGAGAUAAUGGCAAAUAAAAAGAAAUUGAAAAAUAUAUAUGUGUCUGAGGACUACCCAAAGGAAAUUAUCGACAUACGAAGGAAACUACAACCCAAACUCGAAGAAGAAAGGAAGAAAGGCAAUUAUGCUUUCAUAAAUUAUGACAAGCUAGUCAUCAAACAGGGGAAACCAGGAAAUGAGAAACGCAAAAGGGAACCGUCAACUUCACCAAAUGCAAAAGAGCAGCAUCCCUCCAAGCAACAAUCGUCAGUUAAAACACAUCGCCUAAAUGCUUUUGAUGUAAUGAGGAAUAGAAGCAACUCUCUGCCGCCUACCAACUUGCCAACUGUUCAGAAUGCAUAGGAUAUUGCCAUCAGCCACCGGAAUAAAACACUCAAUGAACAAAAACUGGAAGACAAAACAAACAAAACAUUCCCCAACCCGACUUGUCCUCGUGGGGAAUUAGACUGCAACCCUCCAUCAAAUAUAUCAAACACAGAAAUAGAUCAAUAUACUAUAAAACCAACCCUCAAGAUUUGCACUUAUAAUGUAAGAACACUUGCAUCAACAGAACGAUUUCUUGAACUUACUAAUGCUCUAAAAAAUAUUAAUUGGGACAUUCUGGGCCUCGCAGAGAUCAGAAGAUUGGGGUGUAGAAUUGAAGAGUACAAUGACCUCAUAUUCUGCUACAUUGGUGAAACUAAAGGACUACAUGGAGUGGGAUUUCUCAUUAAGAAAAAAUUUAAAAACAACAUUACCAACUUUAUAGGAAUCUCUGAAAGAAUUGCACUUCUACAAGUAAAAUUUGAAUGCCUCUCCUUAUCAUUAAUUCAAGCAUAUGCACCAACCGAAAGAUCAACACAAGACGAAAUUGAUAAAUUUUACAAAGACAUUGAAUAUGCUCAUACCAUGACUGAAGGAAUGAUUAUAGUUAUGGGGGAUUUUAAUGCUAAAAUAGGUUGCCCCAAAGCAGACUAUUAUCCAGUAAUGGGCAAGCAUGGUUACGGAGUGUGCAACGAAAGGGGUGAACGGCUUUUAAGUUAUGCUUACCAACACAACUUGUCAGUGAUGAACACAUUCUUCAAAAAGAAGGAAAGCCGUAGGUGGACUUGGUCGUCACCCGACCAAACAACUAAAAAUGAAAUUGAUUUUAUAAUGAUAAACCACCACAAACUUAUAACUAACAUUGAGGUACUUAACAAAUUUAAUUUUCCUUCUGAUCACAGAUUAAUGAGAGCAACGCUACUUUUAAGUCGCCCAAUCAAGAGCAGAAAAUCCUAUGCAACACCACUAAACAUCCCCAGGACUGAAGCAGAAACGAAAAGUUACAUCGAAAAUCUACGAGCACACACAGAACAUAUAAAUACAGACAAUAUUGACAUCCAAAGCUACUACAAUAUCCUGGAAAGAGGCAUAACAGAGAGCUUAAAAUGCAAAAAAAUUACACAAGUUCACCAACAUAGUAUAUUCUCUAAAGACACACUCCAACUAAUAGAAAGACGCACGGAACUACUA